AUGUCGGAGAAACCUCCUCCGACAUUAGAAAGAUAUGAUGGCUCGACAGACCCCGAUAACCACCUCAGGAUCUUCACUAAUGCGAUGGCAUUCUACAAAGAUAGCUAUCCAAUCAUAUGCAAAGUUUUCUCCUUGUCAUUAAGGGAUAAAGCAUUAGAAUGGUACCAUACCCUCCCUCCAAACACGGUAGACUGCUUUGCCACAGUAGAAACCCUUUUUAGAAAACAGUAUGCAUCCAAUCGAAAGCAAAAGAUGACGCCAGCAGAAUUGGUGAACACCAAGCAAGGAAAAGACAAAACCUUAAAGGAAUUCAUCCAAAGGUACAACGAGGUUGUGCGACGAGUGAAAGACGUAAAUCACACUUUCAUCAUCAAUAAUUUGUUGUCAUGUUUAAAACCAGGCUAUUUCGCUGAGCAGUUGUAUGCCAGACCACCAAAAUCUAUGGAGGAACUCUAG